CCCAGGGCUGAGCGCUGUCCGCGAACUGCCCACGUCCGCCUCCGGGGCCCCGCGCGGCCGAGACCCCGUCGGAGCUGCCUGAGAAAGGACUAUCAUGAAAAAGGAACAGAAAAGAACUGCCUCUAUUGGUGAAAGGGGAGUUUUCUUUCCCAAUUGGUGGUUACUUCAUGAUUGGAAGAGAAGUACCUAGGUGGCUGAAGAUAAUACAUUUUUAUAUUUGUUCUAGUGAAGCUGAUCAAAGAAGAUGUAAAAAUACUGUUUCUGUCAUAAUAGGCUGCUGAGUAAGAAAGCCUGAAAAAAGCCAGAUUUUAAAUGACGUCAGAUACUUUGAUUUUUUUUUUUAAACCAAGUGGGACUUCGAACACUUGUUGAGGAUGUUUUCUCUUAAAAAUGGAAGAAGAAAACGUUUACAAAGCAUGAAUUAUAAGAAGUUGAGAGAAGAAGCAGCUGUGUCCACUCACUCAAAGAAUGUCAGUACUUCAGUACUUCUGUCUUCUUUGGGAAGACAUAUAAAUGUACCAUACAUGUGAGUUUAUCACCAAUGAUCGUUUCCUAUGCUAAGGAUGACUUUUAAUUUGAAUUUUGGAGUGUUUUCUUUUCUCUUUUUUACAAUGUGUGUUUUGACUUUUCCUGUUUAAUAGAUUUAUAUAAAGGAAGUAAAUUCUGAAUUCAGAGUACUUUUUAUUUUUUUUACUAUACCACUGUUUCCUGUGUGUUACAGAAAAAUUAGAGGUUUUAACAUUUCUUAAAGUUUUAUUGGAAGGAAGACUGUGCCAAGGACACAGAUAGACAGUGUAAGUUUUUUAUUUUUUUUCUCUUUGCCAACUAUACUUGCUUUGAAUGAGCCGACUAUCAGCUGGAUUUCACAGUAUAUAAGAUUUACAAUCUUUGUUUUAUCAAGGCCUUUAAUGUAUGUUUUAUACUAACCAGAUGGGAAGCACACUGAGCACCGUGUUUGACAUGUUUGCCUAAGGAAGGGAACUCCCCGAUGGAUCAUGGCGUUAAUGUUUAUAGGACAUUUCCUAUUUUUAGCAUUAGUGAUGUUUGGUUUCUCUACUCUUGAGGAAUCAGUGAGUAAUUACUCUGAAUGGGCAGUUUUCACAGAUGAUAUAAAUCAGUUUAAGACACAAAAAGUACAAGAUUUCAAGGCCAACCAAAAGCUGAAGAAAAGUAUGCUCCAUCCAAGUUUGUAUUUUGAUGCUGGAGAAAUCCACUCAAUGAGACAAAAGUCUCACACAAGCCAUUUGCAUCUUUUCAGAGCUAUCAGAAGUGCAGUGAUGGUUAUGCUGUCCAACCCGACAUACUACCUACCUCCACCCAAGCAUGCUGAUUUUGCUGCCAAGUGGAAUGAAAUUUAUGGUAAUAAUCUGCCUCCUUUAGCAUUGUACUGUUUGUUAAGCCCAGAAGACAAAGUUGCCUUUGAAUUUGUCUUGGAAUAUAUGGACAGGAUGGUUGGCUACAAAGACUGGCUAGUUGAGAAUGCGCCAGGGGAUGAGGUUCCAGUUGGGCAUUCCUUAACAGGUUUUGCCACUGCCUUUGACUUUUUAUAUAACUUAUUAGAUAAUCAUCGAAGACAAAUAUAUCUGGAAAAAAUAUGGAUUAUUACUGAGGAAAUGUAUGAAUAUUCCAAGGUCCGCUCGUGGGGCAAGCAACUUCUCCAUAACCAUCAAGCUACAAAUAUGAUAGCAUUACUCACAGGAGCCUUGGUCACGGGGGUAGAAAAAGGUUCUAAAGCAAAUAUAUGGAAACAAGUUGUAGUGGAUGUGAUGGAAAAGACAAUGUUUCUAUUGAAUCAUGUUGUUGAUGGUUCUUUGGAUGAAGGUGUGGCAUAUGGGAGCUACACAGCUAAAUCAGUCACACAGUAUGUUUUUCUGGCUCAGCGCCAUUUUAAUAUCAAUAACUUAGAUAAUAACUGGUUAAAAAUGCACUUUUGGUUUUAUUAUGCCACUCUUUUACCAGGUUUCCAAAGAACUGUAGGUAUAGCAGAUUCCAAUUAUAAUUGGUUUUAUGGUCCAGAGAGCCAGCUUGUUUUCUUGGAUAAGUUCAUCUUAAAAAAUGGAGCUGGAAAUUGGUUAGCUCAGCAAAUUAGGAAGCACAGACCUAAAGAUGGACCAAUGGUUCCUUCCACUGCCCAAAGAUGGAGUACUCUUCAUACUGAGUACAUCUGGUAUGAUCCCCAGCUCACCCCACAGCCUCCUGCUGAAUAUGGUACUGCAAAAAUGCAUACAUUCCCUAAUUGGGGUGUUGUCACCUAUGGAGCUGGGUUGCCAAACACCCAGACCAAUACCUUUGUUUCUUUUAAAUCUGGGAAGCUGGGGGGACGAGCUGUGUAUGAUAUAGUUCACUUUCAGCCUUAUUCCUGGAUUGAUGGGUGGAGAAGCUUUAACCCAGGACAUGAGCAUCCAGAUCAGAACUCAUUUACUUUUGCUCCCAAUGGGCAGGUAUUUGUUUCUGAGGCUCUCUAUGGCCCCAAAUUGAGCCACCUUAACAAUGUAUUGGUAUUUGCACCAUCACCCUCAAGCCAGUGUAACAAGCCCUGGGAAGGCCAGCUGGGAGAGUGUGCACAGUGGCUCAAGUGGACUGGUGAGGAGGUUGGUGAUGCAGCUGGGGAAAUCAUCACUGCCUCUCAACAUGGAGAAAUGAUAUUUGUGAGUGGGGAAGCAGUGUCUGCUUAUUCUUCAGCAAUGAGACUGAAAAGUGUUUAUCGUGCUUUACUUCUCUUAAAUUCUCAAACUCUGCUAGUUGUUGAUCACAUUGAGAGGCAAGAAGAUUCCCCAAUAAAUUCUGUCAGUGCCUUCUUUCAUAAUUUGGAUAUUGAUUUUAAAUACAUCCCAUAUAAAUUUAAGAAUAGUUACAAUGGUGCCAUGAUGGAUGUGUGGGAUGCACACUACAAAAUGUUUUGGUUUGAUCAUCAUGGCAAUAGCCCCACAGCUAGUAUACAGGAAGCAGAACAAGCUGCUGAAUUUAAGAAACGGUGGACUCAAUUUGUAAAUGUUACAUUUCAAAUGGAAUCCACAAUCACAAGAAUUGCUUAUAUCUUUUAUGGGCCUUAUGUCAAUGUUUCAGGUUGCAGAUUCAUUGAUAACUCCAAUUCUGGACUUCAGAUUUCCCUCUCUGUGAAUAAUAGUGAACAUGUUGUUUCCAUUGUGACUGACUACCAUAACCUGAAGACCAGAUUCAAUUACCUGGGAUUUGGUGGUUUUGCCAAUGUGGCUGAUGAAGGCCAAAUAACCCGAUUUGGUUUGGGCACUCAAGCAAUAGUAAAACCUGUGAGACAUGAUAGAGUUAUUUUCCCUUUUGGAUUUAAAUUUAAUAUAGCAGUUGGAUUUAUUUUGUGUAUUAGUUUGGUGAUUUUAACUUUUCAAUGGCGGUUUUACCUUUCUUUUAGAAAGCUAAUGCGAUGGAUAUUAAUACUUGUUAUUGCCUUGUGGUUUAUUGAGCUUCUUGAUGUGUGGAGCACUUGCACUCAACCAAUCUGUGCAAAAUGGACAAGGGCAGAGGCUGAGGCAAGCAAGAAGGCUUUAUCUCCUGAAGGGUACCACGUGGAUCUUCCUGAUGUUGUCAUUACCUCACUUCCUGGUUCAGGAGCUGAAAUUCUCAAACAACUUUUUUUCAACAGUAGUGAUUUUCUCUACAUCAGGAUUCCUACAGCCUACAUUGAUAUCCCUGAAACUGAAUUUGAAAUUGACUCAUUUGUAGAUGCCUGUGAAUGGAAAGUGUCAGAUAUCCGCAGUGGGCAUUUUCGAUUACUGCGAGGUUGGUUGCAGUCUUUGGUCCGGGACACAAAACUACAUUUGCAAAAUAUUCAUCUCCAUGAACCCAGUAAGAGUAAACUGGCACAAUAUUUUACAGCGAAUAAAGAAAAGAAAAGAAAAUUGAAAAGGAAAGAGUCUUUGCUAGAACAAAGAAGUAGAAUGAAAGGCGCCUUUGACAGAGAUGCUGAAUACAUUAGGGCUUUGAGGAGACACCUGGUAUAUUACCCAAGUGCACGUCCUGUGCUUAGUUUAAACAGUGGGAGCUGGACUUUAAAGCUUCAUUUUUUUCAGGAAGUUUUAGGUACUUCGAUGAGGGCAUUGUAUGUGGUAAGAGACCCUCGGGCAUGGAUUUAUUCAAUGUUGUACAGUAGUAAACCAAGUUUUUACUCUUUGAAGAAUGUACCAGAGCACUUAGCAAAAUUGUUUAAAGUAGACGGAGGUAAAGGCAAAUGUAGCUUAAACUCAGGCUAUGCUUUCGAGUAUGAACCUUUGAAGAAAGAAUUAUCAAAAUCCAAGUCAAAUGCAGUUUCCCUAUUGUCUCAUUUGUGGCUUGCAAACACAGCGGCAGCCUUGAGAAUAAAUAAAGAUUUGCUGCCUACCAGCUACCAGCUAGUCAAGUUUGAAGAUAUUGUGCAUUUUCCUCAGAAAACCACUGAAAGGAUUUUUGCCUUUCUUGGGAUUCCUUUGUCUCCUGCUAGUUUAAACCAAAUAUUGUUUGCCACCUCCACAAACCUUUUUUACCUCCCCUAUGAAGGAGAAAUAUCACCAACUAAUACUAAUGUUUGGAAACAGAAUUUGCCUAGAGAUGAAAUUAAAUUAAUUGAAAACAUCUGCUGGACACUGAUGGAUCGUCUAGGAUAUCCAAAGUUUAUGGACUAAAUGCUGCAGGUCAGCAGAAAUUUGCACUAAUGCUUUCCAGCCCACUUGGUGGAUAUGAAUUGAAAGUUUGUUUAUUCUUGUAGUCUGUGUGUGUGCGUGUAUGCGUGCGUGUGUGUGUGUUUUCAGAUUGUUUUCUUGCACAGAGAGAUUAUUUUAAAAAUAGGCACCGUAUCUGAUAUGACCUGGUAGGAUUUAUGUCACCACUUUCUUUACCUUUGUUUUUGAAAUGUUUUCUGCUUAAAUAUUUCUGCUACAGAAUUGUAGAUAAAGUCACAUCGUGGGGUCGGGGUGAUGUAAAAGAUUGUAAAAGACUUUUUUGUCUUAACUCACCUUCAUAUGUAACUGUAGUCUGAGACCUAAAACACUGCUAAAGGCCUUGAAUUGCUGCUUUACCCAAGCAUCUCUUGCUUUCAAGAUGGAUUUCAAAAGUUUCUUAUCUUUUUGAAAAGGUCUUCUAAUAUACCUAACUUGCAGAAAGUAAAAGAAAAGGAAAAAUUAAAGAUUGAUUUUUAGUCUGUGUAGUAUACAGUGGUAGUGAAUGGUCCUAUCAUAACUAUAGGAUUCAUUUUGGAAAAUACAGAUGGAAAUACAUAAUGAGUAUGUUUUGUUUUCUUACCUGUUAGGUCAGAAACUGUGACCUGAAAAGCUUCCGUAAAGUUUUUUGUUAGAAAUCAUAAGGAAUAAAUGUUUGAACAAUCUGGGUGCCAAAGACUGGUAGAUUAUUUUAGACAUGCUUUUGUGUUGAAAACUAUCUUUUUUGCCUCUCUGAAGCUACAGCUGUUCCCCAUCACACCACUCCCACCCUGUUCUUUUUUGUCACUGUCAAACAAAACUAUCAGUAGUUACUAAUUGCUAAAUGCUCAGUAUUUGUGGAGAUUUUUUUUUUGAUGAUGAUGAUUAAUUUUGCAUUAAAGGCUGACAUAGACUCAGAAUCAAAUUUAUUUUUGUAGAAUUGUCAUUGUAUGAUUCAAAGAAAGCAAUGUGGCUGCUGCCAGUGAUUUUGAAGACUGGAAACAAUUGGAAAACUGCCUAACUUAUCUUGUGUCCCUUUGAAUGAGUUUACAGCCUGCCAGUGUCUGCAAAGGUUGAAGGCAAGUGGGAGAUGAUGUCAGAGGCAUCUGUUUCCUUUACCAUCUGCAUCUUAUUAUAAAUGUAGUCGUCAUAAAAUGUGGUUCAUUCCAUUUUGGUAGGAAGAAAUAAAAAUGCUAUGCCCGUAUAAGCCAGUGCAGUAAUUACAAUGUAUUGGAUGAAAACUAUUAAGCGAUGUUGAGACUUGAUGAGAAUUUUUGUACAGAUUGCAGUCGUCUUCCUGAUGUUUCAAACUAUAGUCCCCUCAAGCUCUCUAACACUUGAGAGUCUGUCAUUCUGACCUAGAUAAAAGUGUUUCUUUCUCAGUGGUUUAUUAUUAUGUCAAAAUGUGCCUCCAGAGUGAUAAGGCUGUGGGUAUGUUACAUUCUAGCAAAACCUAAGUUGGCUGUUAGUUUUCUUCCAUUAUAAUGUGAAUGGAGACUGUUCCCGCUUCUUCGUAUCUACUUCUUUCUCACGGCUCUUGUGAUUUUUGCUACAUUAUGUCAGAAUGAAUAAAAAUCAUAUUAAUGUAGGUUGAGGAGCCACUGAAGACUUAAAUCUAAACUGUUACUUUCAGAUUAUUCUUUCUAUCUUGAGUUGUCAGUAAGCAUGGAAAAUUGCUUCAUGGGUGAUAACACUGUUUCCAUUAUUUGUCAUAAUCUCAGUAUUUGCUUUAAAUUCACAACAUGUCUGAUCUUGAAUCAGAUGAAAUAAAAAGGUUCUGACAGUAGUAUUAGAUAUGAUGAAGGUAAGAAUUAAAAAUGCAGGUGACAAUUGAAGCAGAAGCUACCACUGCUUUUUAACAUUGUACAGACAAGCACCUAUGGGCAGAAAAGAGCCAGGUGGAGUGUAUCAAGGAAUAGGAGAAGAGAUGUGGAAAAUGAAGGUGAUUCUGAGAACAGAUACAGGAAUGUACUGACAGUGAAAGAAAUGUACUUGUUUAAGAAAAAUGUCAAAUUGUGUUCUAACCUUCAUCCCAUAUAGCAAUGCUGAGUUGAAGUUACCUGUCUCUGUGGUUACCCAUUCCUACUCCAAGAGAAUAUUUAAGACAAGAACCCUACUACUUGGUUAAUUCUUAAAAAGAAAGAUUGCUGAAAACUACUUCUAUUUGCAUAUUCUCUUGGGAGGAGGGUUAUAUAAGUAGGUGAGCAGAAGAUAUAUCCAUUGCAUAUGCUUGUAAUCAUGUCUGACAUGUCCUACCUUUACCUUAAAAUAUGAAUACCUAAGGUUCUUCCAUCAUAUCCCCAGGUCCUGCACUC